AUGGUCGGCGUGAACGAUGCCUGGCAGUUUGCUGACGUAGACUGGGAGCGUAGCUUGCAAGGCCGACCUGAAGAUGUGGUCCACUAUGGCUUAGCCAUCCUGCCGUACGAAGAGCUGUGCUCUUUGGCGAUCGAGAAAGCGUCCCCGAGAGCGUGGCCCAUGCGCGAGCUGCAGAGACAUCUGAGCGUUUCACUAAGGCGCGACCUAUACUCGAGAUACGCAGAUGGCGCUUCACUGGAGAGCCUCGACCUGUACUUGGGAUACGCAGAUGGAUUCUCGAUUCACUUUUGUCUCGCACUGGAGAAUUGCUGCGCCAAUCUUCGACAGCGAAUUCGUCGCGAUGAAGACGACAGAAGAGAGGAGGUGUUAUGGGUGUAUGCACCACGGCAGAUGGAGCUGCCCUGCAUUAGGCGACUUCCUCGCAGCAUCACCGACCCCAUAAAGGCUAUCCUUGGAAUGCUGCGCGAGUAUCCUAGCCCGAGAAGACGUGAUACCUUUGAAGAGGACACAAGACUGUGGGUCGCGAAUCGAGUCGAUCUUCGCCAGCCAGAGCAGACUAGAAAAGGCGUGGCGAAUGCAGGACAAACACUUAGCCUCGGUGCACUGACUGAGGCCUGGAGAAGAGAAGGGUACCACGAACACCUGCUGCGAAGAUACGUCUGGUACAGGAUGAUCAAGCAAGCCCCAUCCCGGCAGGACGAGGUCGAUCUCUUUGUCAGUCAGCUGUUCGACAAGCCGUGGGAAACACGGCACUGGAUCCCAACAACCGACAAGAACGAUGAGUCUGACCUCCGCAUCCAUCGCGCGAAAAAGCUCAACGGGGGAAAGACAUAG